AUGCUCCCUUUGGCCUCCACGAUCCGCGUCAUUCCAGCCCUAGCACGCCUAUUUGUCUGGCCUACCAGCGCCCCCAACCCAGACUCGUUAUUCCAGUCCCAAUCCGUGGGCUCCCGUGCCUGCAUCCUGGAGUGCGACAUCAACAUCCACAAGUCCAACAGCACCUACCUCCUCGACCUCGACGUCAGCCGCGCCGCGCUACUGACCCUGCGCUUCGCCCACGCCCUGCGCCAGAUCCGCGGCGGGGCGGCCCUGGUCCUGGCCGGCGUCGACAUCUCUUUCCGCCGGGAGAUCAAGCCGCUGCAGGCCUACGAGACCCGCUCCUGCAUCCUUGCCUGGGACCACAAGUGGAUCUAUGUCCUCUCGUACCACGUCAAGCCGGGGACACCAGCCGAAGUUGAGGAUGGCUGCCUUGAAGCGCUCGUGGGCAGGGGUGAGUACCCGGAAAGCUGGAAAGGCAGGGUAUUUGCUGUUGCUGUCUCCAAGUAUGUCGCCAAGUCUGGAAGGCGCACGAUCGCACCGGGCAACCUUCUUGAGGCUGGUGGUUAUACAGGGAGUGCUGUCGGGCCAGAGGACAAGGAGCGCUUGGACAACAUCGAGGCGAGACGAAUCAAGGGCAUAGAAAUGUUGGCAUCUUUCAGAGAGAUUAAAUGA